AGAUCACGAGCCGGGCUUCAUCCCGCCGGUCCGUCCCGCUCGCUCAGACCUCACAGGGAACUCCACACACCCCCCGCCCUCGCCCGCCACGGUUUCUACUUUCCCACCCAGUUCCACCAGCGUCACUGACUCUGACCCGACCGGAUGGCUGCAGUCAUGUGGAGAAUGAAUGGGCUGUGGAGAAGGAUGGCUGGAGUCGUCAUGCUCUGCGCUUUAUUGCUCAGCAAUGAGAUAAUGUGUCAAGACACAUCAGAUGCACCUGUAACUGAAACGACACCUGUUAUAAGCAAUGAAGGAACAGACAAUGCAGUAAAAGACACCAACACUGCUCCCCCAACUGCAGAUGUAACAGGUACCCAGGCCCCAACAACUGAUGUCACGCCUCACUCCGACCCUGGCAACCAACCCACAACCACUGUCACCGCCAAUGUAAUAAGUGGCGUUUUAUCUGGCGUCUCCUCUCAACAAGAUGCGAAUGGCGCUACAAAGAGCAAGACGCCUUCAACUUCAGACUCCUCGUCAGCUUCCUCAGGUUCCUCAGUCUUUGUUGGAAUCCUCGUCACGGGUCUGCUCGCCGCCCUGGCCAUCACUUUAAGCUACUUCAAAUGCCAGCGCAGGUCUGAACCCAAAGGAGUAAAGCUGGCGGAGGAGGCCUAUUCAGGCAAUCAGGAGAGCCAAGGGAACACGCUUGUGUCCGUGGCCCCCCUCAACCCUCCCCCCGAGACCCCGGAGAAGCCCAGCAUCAACGGAGAGUCCACGGAGCCGGCCAAGACCGAGCCCCCCGCUCCCGCUGCCGCUCCCCCCACCAACGGCCACUCCACCGCUAAGACUGCAGACACCGAGCUGUGAGACAGUCUACAGAAGCAACUCACACACACACACACACACACACACACACACACACACACGUGCCUGUACAAGCUCACCUCGUUCACUGGACCUACUCCGACCUAACAACACAGCAAAGACCUGCAUCAACGCUCCUCUUAGCCCCAACCCCCCCACACACACACACACACACACACACACCUCGCCCUCCGGCCCCGUGCCUCAGCAAAACCCAGGGAGACUCGCCUGAUGAAGACCUCAGUGAUGGUGGUAAACGGUGGCGACGAUGACGAAGGCUUAGUCCUUGGGAUGUUGACGGCAGUGAGACUGCAGAUCAGAGGCAGGAGGUGGUGAACAUGAGUCGGCUCAGGUGUCGUGAUGGAGCCGUCGUGACCAGCGGGGCCUCUGCUCGUCGUCCGGGUUGAACAGAUCCCUACUCACUUGCUGCAGUGCAUGUACUGAGAAUCACAUACAGCAUCUAUGAUUCUCUCCAGUUGGUCACGGCGACGGAUCAAAAGAGCCACGAAGGCCUCGAUGCAGAGCCUCCUACUGUCAGCUCUGUCUAACCAGUGUUAUCCUCUCCAAUAUACUGUAUAUGCUCUUUUUUACUAUCACUAUUAUUUUGUUAAGUGUGUAUAGUAUGACGACUGUUGUGCCUUGCUUUUAUUUUGUUAUGUUUGUUAUAUUGUUAUAUAUAUGUUUCAUUUAGGUUAUACAAUACAGGAACAUGUUGAAGGCUGAUAGAAGGAAUCAUCAGUGGCUCAAAUCAGUGCUUUGUUUUUACUGACAUACAUGAAAUGAAACACAAAAGGAAGAAGGGAAGUUUCCAACUGAACUGGACAGAGAACACGUUCUGACACAUAAACAGAACAUCCAGCACUGAUUCCUUCUUUCAGUCCAUUUUGUGUUUUUCUUUUAUUAGCAUUCCAGUUUGUUUUACUAGCUGCUUGUAUUUUGAAUUGGACUCAACGUGAAUUAAUGAAAACUAAAAAUAAAUACUGUAACUUUUUUAA